AUGGGUGCAGCGUGCUGCUCUCGAAAUACAAUUAAAGAUACUCAUGACAUAUUGCAGCCUCGUCUACAAUCUAGCUUCACUACAGAACAAACCACUAUUUUUCACCAAAAGCGCAGUCUUCACGGGAGCGACGCUUCUGAGUCGUUUUGUUUUGAAAAUACUCUUCCAAGGCCAUCAAAAUUUAUACGUUGAAAGCAAGGCGAGCUUCUAGAAGAAGACUCUAAUUCGAAACUUUACCAAUGCUUAAACAUUGAAACAGGCGAAAUUAUGGCUGUGAAAACUAUAAUCUUGCAUUCAAAUUCUGAAGAUCCAAUCAGAGAAUUUGAAAUUAUAAGAAAUCAAUACCAAAUUAUAAAAGAAUUAGACCACCCAAAUAUUUUGAAGUAUUAUCAAUCAGAACUGUCAAAUGACCAAAAAAUGAUAAACAUUAUCCAAGAGUUCAUACCAAGCGGAUCUAUUGCAAAUUUAAUCCAAAAAUAUGAGAAAAUAGAAGAAUCGAUUAUAAGAAUAUAUGCAAAACAAAUUUUAAAAGCUUUGAGUUGUUUACAUAAUAGUGAGAUUAUUCAUGGAGGAUUGAGAAGCUCACAUAUAAUGAUAACUGAAUCUGGGAAUAUAAAAUUAAGCGGCUUUCAAAAUAGUAGGAAAUUAUGUGGAGAAAUUAUGUGAAAAUUUGAAGAUACUGCUGAGAAUCCUUUUUGUGUUGCCCCAGAAAUAUUGCAAAACAAAGAAAUCAGCCUUUUAGCUGACAUUUGGUCAUUUGGCUGUUUGGUUCUUGAAAUGACAACAGGCAAGCCUCCAUACUCUGAUUUCUCAAAAGACCCUAAAGAAGCAUUAAAAAUAAUCCGCGAUACUGAGCAACUCCCAAACAUUCCUCAAACAAUUUCUAUGUCCUUGCAAUCUUUAAUAAAAUCCUGUCUCCAAAGAUCCCCAAUCUUACGCCCAAAAGCUUCUCAGCUCUUAAAGCAUCGUUUUAUUACAGGAAAAGCUUAUUCUAUAGAGUUCCUUGACAAUUUUGCUGGCAGUAAUAUAGAAGAUGUCAGGCCAUCACAAAAGCCAUAUAGAUAUGGACAUAAGGAUAGUACUGACACAAAUAUACAAGCAGUGAUACAUGAACAAGACAGUGACGGAGACAGUCAUGAUGAAAAUAUUAAUUAA